AUGCCGUCCGACACAAUCGAUAUCGAUCCAGAUUUCUAUACGAUGCAAAGGUCGUAUGAGGAUGAUGAUUGGAAGUCUGAUACCACUUCUCUUGCCUCGGAGGUUGCCAGAGGUCGUGUGCAAAAUGGUCGAAGAUACCAAUCUUUGAAGUCUGAGGACUACUGGUCCCCAUCUGAUGAGCUGCAAUUUGAAGCUUAUGAGACUGGUCACAUUAUUUACCUCCUGCUGGACUACAAUCAGCAAAACCCACUCCACCGCUCUCCCAUCAAAUCGCCUAAACACAUUCUGGAUGUCGGAACUGGAAAAGGAAGCUGGGCAAUCGAUAUGGCGGAUAUGUACCCCGAUGCAACCGUUCGUGGCGUAGACCUAUACCCACCCCCUCAUAGCUGGAUUCCCCCAAACUGUGUCUUCGAGGUAGACGACCUUCUUCAACCAUGGACAUGGACCGAGAAGUUCGAUCUCAUCUACUUGCGUCAUAUGCUUGGCUCAUUCGGCAGGGAAGAAUGGGCUACAUUGUAUGACCAAUGCUACGAAAACCUCGAACCGGACGGUUGGAUCGAGGAAUUUGAAUUCGAUAUCCGAGUGUAUAGCGAUGACAACUCCUUGCCAGAAGACAGCAUCCUCGCCAAGUGGGGUGAUAUAUGGUUCCCUUGCUCUGAGCGAGCUGGUCGCCCCUUCCGAAUCGAGGAUACUAUGCGAGCUAGCCUGGAGAAAGCUGGCUUUGUUGAUAUCCGGGAGAAGGUUUAUAAAGUUCCUCUUGGUCCUUGGGCUAGAGAUCCGCUGCUUAAGGAACUCGGCUUGCUUCAUCAUCAACAUUGGUCGACUGGUCUGGAGGGAUAUUGUAUGUUUUUGCUCACUAAGUUUGGAGCCCCGACCCCGUGGAAACCGGAGGAGGUACAGGUGUUUCUGGCUAAGGUGCGGGCGGAAUUGAAGAAUACAGCGAUCCAUGGAUAUCAAUUUGGGCGGCGGAUCUGGGCUAGGAAGCCCAGAGAGGAUGAGAUAAAGAAAGAAGUAAUCGAUCGACCGAUUAAACUGGAGCAGUCACCGUAA